GAGAGAGGAAACACUCAAAAGUAAAAAUAAAAAAAAGGAAAAGGAGGGCUGAAGUAGAAACGUUAGUCAUUUCUUGUUUUCUGUGUUCUAAAGGGGGACAAACCAGGGUUCUUAAAAAAAAAAAAAAAAAAAAACACAAAUAGUUGAACUAGAACAAAAAUUAAGGAUACCCAAUUUGUGUAAUUGGAGGCUACAGUGAAAACAAAGCAAAAAAAAUUUGAGCUUUGCAAUUUCAAAGUGGAGACAAAGUUAGGGUUUUUUCUGUAUUCUUGAAGAGGGAGAGGUUGCUGGAUAUUCCUUUUCUUCCUCUUUUCCAUAUUUCAUGGAAAAAGUAGAUGUUACAAGAAUAACUUUACAUCUUGCAAGUCCUAACUUGUGAGUUACUAUUACAUUAUGAAACUCGAGGACUUCUUUACCUCAACUGAGAUGAGUAAUGGGCUCACUACUCCUGCUCGAGUCCAGGAGCUAGUCUCCAUAAUGCAGAAGGAAAGAGAGUGUGUUGUCAAGAAUGCUGGUGAAAUAACAAAUCAAUGGUCUGCUGUUGCGAGCACGAUAGCUGCAACUGAGAAUAAAGAGUGUCUUGAACUCUUUAUCCAGCUAGAUGGACUCAGUUUCAUUCAGAGUGGGUUGAGGGAUGCUCUAAGAUUUGGAAGUGAGACAGAUAAUUUGAUUGAUCAUUUACUGCAAGCGGUUGAAAAACUGCAUGUAGACAAUAAGAAGGCGGAAACAUCUGGAAUCUGCCUGACUGUGAAGAGCCUCCUUGGCCACAAGAGUUCUAAGGUGCAAGAAAGGGCUAAAACACUAUUUGAUAGUUGGAGUAAAGGGAAAGAUGAUUGUAUGGUUUCAGUGGGUAUGGAAAGAGUACAAGCAUCUAUUGAUGAAACUACGAAUCUUGUUGGGGAAAAUGGGCUUUCAGAACUGACUUCCGUGGAAGGAGGUUCUGGAGAAGAAAAGUCCAAGGAACAUGUUGGCAAUGCCGCAACAUCUGACCAAAAUAUUGAGGAGACACUCAUGAAGGAUGCAUUUCCGGGCUCUUCUUUGUCAAAUUCGGUUACUGAAGGUGACAAGGUUGAACACCCGACAUAUCGUGCAGAGUGUGCCACCAAUGCUAUUGAUUCGUCAAAUACGUGCACUUCUGUAGCAAUGAGACCUGGUGCUGUUGAUGAACAGACAGAUGUUCCUGUUUCAGAUUCGAUUAGUCAUUUAAAUCACAUUAAAGAAGUCAGAAGUUCUGACAAAUUUAACUCAGCAGUGUCUAAACCGUUGCAAGACAGAACUGUUUCUUUAGGUACUGAUGUCAGAGAAGCUUUGGAUGCUAUUGCUGGAUCGGAUUUGCAAAAACAAACUGAUGUGUACAAUGAAAAUUGUAGCGGAACAUCUUCUCCUGAUAGCAAACCUGCAAAUCAUGGCAGCAGCAAGAUAGUGAUUGAAGCUAAAGAAGACGGAGAGUACAACAACGACAUAUCGCAGGACUCUGACAAGCAUAACAUAGAUUCUGUUAUUGGUUGGUCUGACAAACACACUAGUGACAACAGUGACGAUGAUAUGGAAACUGAAAGUGAAUUUCAAGAAGCAGGAAAAGGAGGUAGAGACACUGGUGUCAUUGGCAAUACAAGUGAUAUUGAUUUGGACUAUGGCUUCAUGGAUCCCUUAGAAAUAGCUAGAAAAGUUGCGAUAGAAGCGGAGCGGGAAGUUCAGAGUAGCAGUUCUUCUGAGAAAACAGAGGAGAGUAAAGUUCAUGAGCCUGGUAGCCCAGAUUCUAUGAGUGCAAAACAAUUCCAGAAGAAAUUCGAGUACUCUAACAAGGAAGUAUCAAGAGGAAUGUCUCCUUUGGCUGAGGCUUCACUUGCAAACUCAGAAGCUAAUAGACCAAUCAAUGGAACUGUGAAGGUGGAAUCUUCUCAGGUUGUUGAUGCCACUUUGGAUCUGGAAACCAAUGUCGAGAAAGGUCUCUGCAAUUUUGAUCUGAAUCUAGAGGUUUGCUCAGACGAUAUAGAUACCCCAGGAAAUCUAAUCUCUACCUCCGGAUCCGUCUCUGUUGUUUCUGCUUCAAGGGCUGCAGCAGCCCCUGGAGUACCUGUUACUCCUUUGCAGUUUGAAGGGAGUCUCGGAUGGAAAGGAUCCGCUGCAACAAGUGCAUUUCGGCCCGCGUCACCCCGCCAGAAUGACAGCAACUUAAAGAAAAUGCAAGGUUUCCUUGAUAUUGAUCUGAAUGUAUCUGAAGGUGGAGAUGAUAGGGUUGCAGAUCUUUUUCCUGAAAAGCGAGUUUCAGUAUCAUCUGCUCUUCCUCUAGGGAAAUCUUCUGUUGAAGCCAGUCCAAGAAAAUCGGAAAUGCUAGAGUUUGAUCUUAACUCUGCAAGUGAGGAGAGCGAGGCACCAUCUGAUUGGCGGAUGGAGGGAACACUUUUGUCUCUGAGGAAAGGUCAUUUGAGUCAGUCUCCAUCAUCAUCAUCAUCAUCAAAGCAACCUUCGUUAAGGAACUUUGAUCUAAAUGACCAAUCGUCUUUUCUCAAUGAUUUCUCAGAUCUCAACAACUUCAAGAGACCACCUCGGAAUUCUAAUGCAUCUUCUGGUGGAAUAAAACCGGGUGAUUCUGUAGUGUCGAUCAUGGGCAUGAAGGUAGAGGUCAACCGUAAAGAUGUUGCUGCUCAGUCUUUUCCUUUCCCAAAUGGCAGGGUAGCAGAAAACACAGUUCACCAUAAUGUUGCAAGAGGUGGAGGAUCUCCAUUUCAAUAUACCCCUCUCCCUGCUUUUGGUUACGGUGGCAUUGCUCCGGUUCCUUCUAUGGCUUUCUCCUCAUCGAUGUAUGGACCCACCGGUCCAAUUCCUUACAUGGUGGAUUCCAGGGGCCCUCCUGUUGUACCUCAAAUUGGUGGAUCUUUCCCCCAACAAUCAUUCAUUUUAAACAUGGGAAGUGCACCUGUUCCCAAUGGGGUUUGGCCAUCACAGAGUGGUCUAGAUCUCGACACUGGCUUGGUACUUGAUCGAGGGAAUAAAGACGUCGGAGGUCUGAAGCAGCCUUUCGAUCAAGGACAGGCUAGGCUGAUGAAAGAACACUUCGGGAUCAGCUUACAACCUUCAACCAGUUUGAGUAUUGGAGGGAAGCGCAAAGAACCGGAUGGUGGGUGGGAGCCUUCCCCUUCCCCUUUUAAACAUCACCCACCGCCAUGGAAGUAGACUUCAAUCUAUUUCUCGCUCAUUGAAUCAUUUACGGGCCAGUGUCUUGUAGCAGUAGGUAAAUUAAAGGUAGGAGGGUGGUUAUAUUGAUUUAAACUGGGAGGGGCAUAAUAUAUAGUUGAUGACGAAUAAAGACAUGAUUUCUGAAUGUAAUAUGAUUCUUGAGAUUACCUGGCCAAAGAAGAAUAGGUGCAAAAGUUUAGUUGUUGAACAUGUUUCUAACUUGUGUAUUCUGGUCACAUUUCAUAGUCUUUGCUACACAGCAACUUUACAUGUAACUUUAAUUCUCAUUUACACCAAAGAAAUUUAGAAGAAUGUUUGUCGAUCA